AUGUCAUCAUCCAAGGUUUUUACCGUCAAAAAGAUCGCUCAACUUUGCGAAGAAUCCUACAAUUUAGUUUUAGUAGCCGUUGUCAUAGCCAAGAGUGAUGCACGGUUCUUCAGCGGCCUACCAAGCGGUCGUGGCCACACCGAAGCAGAUUCAAACAAUAUGAACAGAAGCUCCACUGUACGCGGAGUGCUCACACUCACAUUACGGGACACGGAAACCGACACGAUAAACUGCACCAUCUGGGGUUCCGAAUCUACCAUAUUGCGCUACAACGACUUGUGCGAUGUGGGUGACGUCGUAGACGUGCAUCAACCAAACGUGUCCUUGCCGAUGUUCGGUCGUUGUGAGCAAUACUCCCCGACAGUGUCAUCGCCGUAUUGCCUUACGAUCAACGAAAGGACACUGGGUAGUCAGAUCACCCGCCACGAGGGCUCUCAGUUGCACUCCUUGAAGGGAUUGCUAAACGUCCCGAUGAUACAACAGCGGGAAACAAUCCCACUGGCGGACAUUGUGGCGAGUGGUUCGGUAUGCCUAGGGGAAAUGAUGAACGUGCUCGUCGUAGUACGGGCAGUGCGCCCCGUCAGACAGGUUCGCGUUGCCAGAAGCAACGAAAUCAAGUCCUUUCGCGAGGUGGUCGUAAUGGACCACAGCCACGCCGGUGUAUUGAUUAAGUUUUGGUCCGAUAGCUUCAUCAAAUGGGCGGAACGGUGGACUCCGCUGGCAACGGUGUUGCUGAUCGUUAACGCGCGAGUCGAGCUUAACCGUUAUCAUAAAACAAUCAACUUGGCGAUGGGACCCAAAACUAUCAUUACCCAAGAUCCUAAACUUCCGCAGCUGGACCAGCUACUGCAGCAAUCUAAAAGCACACAGGACAUCGACGGGGCCUGCUCGCUAACAUCGGGUCCAAUCGAUCCCGCUUCUAUCAACACCGUUAUGACCGUGCAGCAAAUUCUGAACCGUACCACGAAAGAUAUGAUACAUGGAGACGACCAUUUUACUGCGCUUUGUUACGCUAUCAUCACGCGUUUGGACCUUGACGGUAUGUCGCGAAUAGUUAGUAAACGUUGCGCGCAUUGCCGAGCGCUUUUGUACGAGCCCGGGCUAACUUGCCCGAAAAACUGCCGUGCCGACGGAGCGGAAGAUAAACUGGAGUCAUUUUUUAACAUCUCCGUUGACCUAACGGACCACACUGGAACGCUUAGUGGUUGCCGCUUGGUUGCAGAGGUGGCCGAACACGUGCUACGGUGCAACGUGGCUACCUUUAUGAGCAAAAGCGAUGCUCAGAAAACGCAAUUGAAAUGGAGCCUGCUGCUUGAACGAUGCGCUGUGCGGCUGAUUGUUAAACGCCCUACUGCUGUACGAUUUCAGAAUCUAUUCUCAAUCGUAGCCUGCGUUCCAGCGGAUCCGGCAGAGCUGGAAGCAAAACUAAAGGUGUACUAG